CAGAGGGUUGUUGUGGCUCUGUCCAGAGGAACACAGUGGCCUGAGAAAUCCAGGAGCAGACCAAGAGCUUCAGCUUCUCAUUGAUUGCAGCUAUAGCUUUGUCACAGUUUAAAAGAACAAAUCUUAUUGAAGUCAUAUCGAUCGCAAGAUAAUCAUCCAAUGGAGAGGUUUCUGAGGAAGUAUGACAAAGAGUGCAUGAAGAUGAUGCUGCUGAAGCAUGAAGAGACCUUCAGGCAACAGGUGCAGGAGCUCCAUCGCUUGUAUAGAGUACAGAAGCUUCUGAUGACGGACGUCAAGAUCAAACAGAGCUUUGCUGACUGCACUCAGUAUCAUGUUGGUGGAGGAAAGGAUGCAGCAGAUUCAUGUGUACCAAGUAGCAGCCACCGCGACCGGCGUCGGCGGCGGCGUCGGGUGCUCAAUCUUGAGCUUCCAGCAGACGAAUACAUCGAAAGAGCUGAAGAAGAUGCAAUGCUGGAGGUAGAGCAGGAGGGUGACAUAGAGCUGACACUGGCUACAGGAAGCAGCAGCUGGAGGAAGAGAGAGGAGACAUCCCUCACUUGUGAUUCCGUAGCAAGUGUCUCCUCAUCAUCGACCGAGUCUGGAGGUCUGAAGUUGAGUGGCCAUGGAUGGGAACUACAGCAGGUGGGGGAUGUAAACAUCAGCUAUGAAUUGGGAGGAGGACUGAGAGAGGACAGGCUGCAGCAGCCAUCCUGGCACUUGCAGUGUUUGAGUCUUAGGAUGACUUGAUGUGAGCUUCUCACACUCUUGCAUGUUUCCUCCACUUCAGUAGUCAAUGCAGAUCAGUUGUUUUCUUUUUUUGGGAUGCAUGAGAACCUCAAAAUCUAGUAUAAUUUCAUAGAA